CACAUGGUUCAUCAUGGCGUAAACUUAAGAUAUCAGAAAUAAAUGUUAUCAUCGGAAAGUAAUCAUUUCAUGGUGGUUAAUAUUAAGAAGAAAAUAUAGAAAUAACGAAUUUAUAUAUAACGUUUAGAUUUAUUAAUCGAAACGAUUAGAGAAAAUAGAUUAAAUCAAACCAAUGUAGAUAGUUAAAGUUUGAGAUGUGAUUGUUUCGCUAUGGUUGACAGCGGGGGUGUGUCGAUUUAAAGGGCUAUCUUUCAAAUUCAUUUCUUUUAUAAAUUGGUAUUAAACUGUAUUGUUAAUAGAGUGCUCUUGUUCGUGCCUUUUAUAGUUUUACUAAAAUUUUAAUUUGGAUUACUUUCAUCCUCCUACAUCAUUGUACUCAAUUUUUCAGGAAUAACAAUUCUACGUAGAUCCAAAAAGGUUAUACAAGUAUUUGUUAUUAUUAGUUUUCGGUACAAUUGAAUCGUCAAGUAUUAUUAAUGCAAAGUAAUGUGCUGAAAUCACGUAUCGAAUAUUAGGAUAGAAAUGCCGUUGAAUCCAGUGAAUCAUAAUAUAUCUAUGGAUGCUACAGAAAGUGCUGGUACAUCUGUUCAUGUAACCACUACUUCCUGUACUCCACCUCCAUCAUAUAACAUUAAUUUACCUCUCGAACAUCCUUGUACAUUACCCAGCGAUUGUGGUGCACCACCUUCUUAUCAAGAAGCCAUAAAUAAUUAUGCGCCUCCUCCUCCUUCGUAUGAUUCUUUAUUUGGUCGAAUAAGAGAGGUGCAAAAAGUCUCCAAGGGCGUAUUUGAUUUCAUAAAAAAUAUUAUUAUUCUACUCGUGUGUACAAUCGGAUUCACUAUUAUAUUUGUUAUGACAAUUGUAAUUCCAAUAUGCAUGAUUAUUAUUGGAGGAAUGUAUUUAUACAAGUGUCCACAGGGUGAAUACAUACCUGUUUAUUUAUUAGUAGGUGGAAUAAUCGGCGUAUUUAAACAAUUAUUACAUUUAUCUGCAUAUGUGAGACGACGAGAAGAAAGAGAUGAAGAAAGGAUUAGGCAAUCAACAACGCAAACAGUAAUUAAUUGCUUCAUGCUGGCCUGGCUUAUAAUUGGUACUACAUGGGUGUACCAGGCAUACGAACCAAAUUAUGACUCAUCCAAGGCGAUAUAUUGCAACAAAACUUUAUAUUUAUUUGCCUUUUGGUUGAUAAACUCUAUUUAUAUAUGUUUCGGUAUUUAUAUAGCAGGUUAUUGCAGUUUUUCAGUAGCUAGUAUUGCGUUUCAAAGGCCGCUACCUAAUUUCAUGUAAAAGACAAUUUGAAUCAUUUGAAAUGAGAAAAAAGAACCAUUGUUAAAUAUUUCGGCAUUUUGGGAGCAAAAAAUGAGAAUGUAUGCAAAAAGACAUUCAUUGGCGGGAGUCACUCGAUAUUGGGGCACAAAAAAUUCGUCCACGUUUAUGUACCUGAGAUACUUAAACGACAAUUUAUGCACAGAUUACUUGCGUAUUAGAAAUACUACUAUAUACUUAUACGUCUUAUACUUAUGAAUUGAAGGUUGGUUAUGAACAAGUUUUUCGUUCUUAUUGACACAUUAAUUUAUAGUAAUUAUAAAUAAUACUCACUCUUUCUAAUUUCUAAUUUGUAAUCGGCUUAGACAAAAUUUUAAUCAAUAAUGAUGUAAAAGAAGUAUUUACUCUUAAUUUGCCAGUGGCUGAAUGGUUUAUGUGAGAAAAGAAAAAGAAAAAAGAAAAAAAGAAAGAAGAUGCUUUAAUCACUUUAGGCUGUGGAUAUUUCGUGAUAAACACGAAUCUUAAUCUUGUGCCAAGAGAAAGCAAGGUCGUAGGAGAAAACUAUUUUGUUACUGCAGUAUAUAUUGAAUACAAGAAAAAAUGUCGAAUGCAAUUCGUAUUUGUGCACGUAAAAUUGAUAUCUACGGCCUGGCAUUAAGUCGCAUAUAUGCUUUGACUUUAAAAAUUCGAUCUCUUAUGUCUCGAAUACAUUUUUUUAAUUAACAUUAAAAAUACCUUAUCGAUAACACUAUUAUAAUCUCUUUUUAACAACAAAUGAUAGCUGUUCUUAAAUGAUCAUAAGAUAAUUGUAAAUGAUCAAAGAUCAUCUUCACUUAGAUGCGAAAAGAGGAUUCAUUACUUAUGGUAAAAAAGACUGCGAUAUUUCGCGUUAACUUUAUAUUAUUUUGCCCUCUCUUUCAUUCUUUUAAGCCUUUAGCGACGUCCAUUGGGCCUUCAUUGUUAAUGCGGUAAGAUCUAAUCUUAUACCGCUAUCUUUAUUGUAUAAUCUCUAUAUCCUUCACUUGAAGAUUUCAAAUUUUCAAAAAUAUUUUAUUGUGAUAUUAAAAUACCUUCUUUUCGAUAUUUCGAGUUAUGCGACACAAUCAUUAUAAAGGCUGUAGUUAUUCAAAAUCAUACUAUUUUGAAAAUAAGUACAGUACAUCCAAUUGGUAUAAAUAUUUAGGUAUAUAGUGGAGGAAUAUUAAUUUAAGAAUAAUGUAUUAUAGGCAUAAUGUUGUAACAUCUUUUCCACUUUCAUACAUUUUUAGCUAUUUUGUCUUCCUAUUGAGUAAGUUAUCAAAUUAACUUUUCUACAAAUGUGUGUGUGUCUGUAAUAAUUUCAUUACUAUAUCGAUUGACUAACACGCGCUUGCAUUAUACUGCAUCUAUAAACGUUGAGCAAGCUUGUGCUUUUCAAUAUAAAAUCAAGUAUUUUGUCGGCAUUAAAAACUUAAUAUUGGA